GGGAAGUACGCGUGAAGCCGGCGGAGCGGUCGGCCGGCUGUGUACAGAGUGUGGUGGUGCUGUUGUGUUUUAGUGGCUGAUGAUUAAGUGACUUGGAAUCAUGGUGCUAACUACCGGAGCGAGUAGAGCUCAGCCCCCGGGGCCAGUGUCGGCGGGUUGGUUCGCGUCACUCCGGAGGAAUCGUAAACAGCACAGGACCGCUUCGGUCUCAUCGUCGUCUUCUGCUACCUCAGCGCAUGGGAGGCUGCUUGCUCGGUCAGCGUGGGACCUAUCAGCAUCGUGCUUGCAACUGAAGGAUGCCUUGGGUGAGGUUGUUGCAGAGAUGGAAAACAUGGAUACUGCUGAUGAGAGUAAAAACAACACUAAAGCAAAGCAGAUGUCCAUUGGCCGCAAAAAGUUUAAUAUGGACCCUAAAAAGGGCAUUGAGUACCUGAUUGAACAUGGCUUGCUUCGAAGCACGCCAGAAGAUGUUGCCCAAUUUUUGUACAAAGGUGAAGGUUUAAAUAAGACAGCAAUUGGAGAUUACUUAGGUGAACGUGCAGAUUUCAAUGAACAAGUGCUGAGGGCCUUCGUGGAACUACAUGACUUCACUGACUUAAUACUGGUCCAGGCACUCAGGCAAUUCUUGUGGAGCUUCAGGUUGCCAGGAGAAGCUCAGAAAAUAGAUCGGAUGAUGGAAUGUUUUGCACAGCGAUAUUGUCAACUGAAUCCUAACAUUUUCACAAAUACAGAUACGUGCUAUGUAUUGUCAUUUGCCAUUAUUAUGCUCAAUACUAGUUUACAUAAUCCAAGUGUGAAGGAAAAACCUACAGUUGAACAGUUCAUUUCCAUGAAUAGAGGUAUAAACAAUGGUGGUGAUCUGCCUCAGGAAUUGCUCAUGAGCCUUUAUGAGAGUAUAAAGACUGAACCAUUCAAAAUCCCAGAGGAUGAUGGGAAUGACUUGAUGCAUACCUUUUUCAAUCCAGAUAAAGAGGGUUGGCUGUGGAAGCAAGGUGGCCGAUACAAAAGCUGGAAGCGACGUUGGUUCAUACUAAAUGACAACUGUCUGUACUAUUUUGAGUACACAACUGACAAAGAACCUCGUGGUAUUAUUCCUCUUGAAAAUAUUCAAGUUCGUGAAGUGACAGAUCGCCAUAAGCAUCAUUGUUUUGAACUGUAUGCUAGUGGUUCUGAUUUCAUCAAGGCAUGUAAGACAGACAGUGAAGGAAAAGUUGUUGAAGGCAAACACACUGUAUAUAGAAUGUCAGCUGCCACACCCGAGGAGAAGGACGAGUGGAUCAAAUGUGUAAGGAAAAGCAUCAGCCACAAUACAUGAAGUGGCGGCCAGCAGUGAGUCACGAGUGUUUGUUUCUGCUAUAGGCAAAGCAUCAGCCAUAAUCCGUUCUACGAUAUGUUGGCAGCUCGCAAGAAGAAAGCGCAGAAGACAAGUGCUCACCACCACUUGAAGAGCUAAGACAUUUAUAGUGUAACAUAUAUUAUGGUAUUACUCUAGAGCUGUCGCAGCUCCAAGUGUGUUACAGCACUGCACCAUACUGGUGCAAGCUGUACAUUAUGUAUAGGGCUUGUACUGGAGGUGCAGUUUGAAACACAGCAUACAACCAAAGAAAUGUGAUUUAAAGUGCACUUGACUGUGGUAUCUUCUGAGCAGCUCUAUCCUAAUUUCUUUUGCUUUUUCUCUCCUUAAUAAUCCAUCUAGGAUUUUCACCCAAGGAAAUGGCAGCCUUGAACUAAUGUUCAAGAAGAGUGGUAAUGUUAAAUACUGAAUGUACUGUUUAAAUAUGUUUUCCCAAAAAAUGGUCAUAGCAUGACUGAAUGAUAAAUUGUAUUUUUUAUAUAGUUGUUAAAGCUUCAACUGUUCAAACAUUGCAGCAGCUUAAGAUAGAAAACUGCAAGGGUGAGAGAAAUAAACAAUGCAGUGAAUGUGCUAUACCAGUCAUUGUUUGUAAUAUUUGAAAAUUUGUUAUGAUUUGAGAGCUCUGAAAUGCUGGACAAUAUUACAAAACCAUUUUAUGGCACUGGAAGUACUAAUGGUCAAAGUGGCUGGUGCUAAGAAUCUCAGCAGAAGGAAGACUCGUGCAUUCGACAUACUCAAAUAAGUUUGUAUUUUGUCCUGUGCUGCAUGAAAGUGUGAUAUAUGUCUAUGUAUUAUGUGCUUUCCAUAUCUUGAAUGGUUCCAACUGAAAUUUCUCUCAGUAAACCAAAGAAACUGUCAUCUGACCAAUAUUUGAGACAGUGAAAGCUGGAAGUAUUUUAUAGAAUGGGAGAACUUCAGUUAUUUUUGCAUCAGUCUCUCUUCGUAAAUGUGAUUUUUUUAUAAAAGUGUUUGUAAAUGGUAUUGCUACUUCAUUUUGUGUUACUAUAGACAGUUUCAAAUGGUAUGUAAUUUAUAAUGUUCACUCAUCUCAUUGUAAUUCACCAUUUUUAUAAAAAAAGUUAGAUUUUUAUACUAGAAGUGUGCUGGGAUGUUGUAACCAGGAUGGAGUAAUGUGUAUGGAAAUAACGAAGUAUUAAUAUUGCAGUGUGUGUGACUUUAUUUUUGUACAUUAUGUUUAUUUCUUUGAUAUAUUUAUGAUACAGUUGCUUUUGUCAGUUCCCUCAUGUUGACCAGAAUUAUUUUUAUUUGUAAUAUAUUGUGUAUAUGUAUUUAAGGAUUUGUACAAGUAGUUAAUGCAGUUAUGUUCAUUAUUUAUCUGUUAAAAUAAAGUUUGACCUGAUUUGACUGGAAAUUAUGUAAAUACUUUUUCACAGCCACUGUGAAAUUCUGUUGUCUCCAGUAUUUAUUUUAUUGAAAUAAGAUUGUAACAAUAAUAAACAUUUUGUACAUUUAA